GUCGACUGUAACGCCUCCGGCGCAGUACACCUCUCGGUGGCUGUCUUUCAGUUUAGUGAAAUCGAAAGCAUUCUGCAUGUUCGUGUAGAAGGCAAAAAGGCAUUAUACACGGGCCGAAUAAUGGGACCAUGUUCAAGGUAUCGUCGAAAACUGCUGGCAAUACUGGUUAUGGUCUGGCUCUCCGUGACACUUCGACUCAACAUCUACAUUCCUUCGGUCAAGAUUCCGGAUGACGCCCUGACGACCGGAGACUCUAGAUUCGACGAAUAUAUCCAAGAAAGGUCUCCCAGAAGGGAUUUGCAUAAUAGCCCAAGGAUAAAAAGCGAAGAUCUCAUACUAAUACAAAAGCAUAGCGAGAUAAAAUCAGCAGAUCCAUUGGAUAAUGAAGGAGUCAGCGCCCCAAAGGAAGCCCAAGGGAACAGAGAGUCGAAUCCUGAAGUGCAAGAGAAAAAGGAAUCAAAUAUUUCUGAAACGCAUCAGGACAUGGAAUCAAAUCCUCAGAUGGAACAGAAUAAGGAAUCAAACCCUUCUGAAAUCCGACAGAAUCAAGAAUCGAAUCCCGAGGCUCAUGAAAAGAAUGAAGUCUCAAAUUCCCAGGUGCCAGAAAAAAAAGAAUCAAAUCUUGAAAUACAAGAAAAUCAUGAAAUGCAAGAUAACAAAGAAUCAAAUCUUGAAAUGGAAGAAAUCAAAGAAUCAAAUGAUGAAAUACAAGAUAAACAAGCAUCAGAUCGUGGGAUGCAAAAAAAUAAAGACAACGAAGAAUCUAAUCGUGAAAUACAAGAAAAUCGUGAGAUGCAAGAAAAUAAAGAAUCAAAUCCUGAGAUGCAAGAAAAGGAAAACAACGAAGAAUCAAAUCGUGAGAUACAAGAAAAUCGUGAGAUGCAAGAAAAUAAAGAAUCAAAACCUGAGAUGCAAGAAAAGGAAAACAACGAAGAAUCAAAUCGUGAGAUACAAGAAAAUCGUGAGAUGCAAGAAAAUAAAGAUUCAAAUAGUGAGGUGCAGAAAAAUAAGGAUUCAAAUCCUGAGAUGCAAGAAAAUAAAGAAUCAAAUCGUGAGAUACAAGAUAACCAAGAAUCAAAUCGUGAACUGCAGGAAAACAAAGAAUCGGAUCCUGAGUUGCAAGAAAACAAAGACUCAAAGCGCGAGGUGCAAGAAAACACGAAUUCAAAAGGUGAGACACAAGAAAACAAAGAGUCGAAUCCUGGGAUGAAAGAAAACAAAGAACUGAAUGGUGAAGCACAAGAAAAUAAAGAAUCAAAUGCUGAGACGCAGGAAAACAGGGAAUCAAAUGCUGAGACGCAGGAAAACAGGGAAUCAAAUUCUACUGAACGACAACAGAAAAAUGAAACAAUUUCCGAAAUCCAGCAGAACGGGGCAUUAAAACCAGCUCUAGGAUCCGAGAAAGUGGAGGCGUUUUCUAAAGCAGAAGAAAAGAAAGACGUAAAACCGAUUGCCUCUGAACUGCAUGUGAAAUUGCAAGGAAGUCCAGUCAAUAAAUCUCAAAAGGAACCGAAGAAAAAAACAAACUUAUUGAAAGUAGUAAGUUCACAAGUAUCAUAAGAUAAGCAAAUACAUACAAAAAUACAUACACGUACACACACAC